AAAAGUGAAUGCUGCAGGUGACGAGUGUCCCGUGUUGCUGCCGCGGUGUUCGUGGGAGGGAAAGCCGAAGACAUUUAGAAGGGGCGUGUGGGACCUGUCUGACACACAACGCAUUCACAGCGGGAGCAGCGCAGCGAGCUACAGCACACACCGUGGACUGUUUUGGGUUUUGUUGUCGGAAGCCGCAGACAGGUGACCUGUCACCAUGUUCAAGAAAAAGAGCAAAACCACCACUGUAUCGCCAACAAAAACAUCCACGACCCCCGCAGAGCUGACCACUCUGAUUGAGAAGCUGCAGAAGAAUGCUGAUAAAGUGGAGAAGAACAUCUACGAUGUUGAGCAGAAUCUCAACAGGGACGUCAGUAAGAUCAAUGAAGGAAAGCAGCCGCUGUACGAGGAAGACAGCAACAAGAGAAUCCUCAGUGCUCUGGACCUGCUCACCGGCCUGGAUGAGGACGCCGUCAACGCCAAGCGGCUCCAGCAUCCGCAGGCUGAGAUGAUAGAACAGGACAUGAAGCAGCUGCGUGAGAGAGUGAAUAAGCUGAGGGAGGACCAUGACCGGAUCUACCACCUCAUCCGCACUGAGGGGAAGCCCAGCAUCAACUGGGGCAUCAUGAUGGACGAGAAACUGGAAAACUUGAACAACAAGGGCUUUGGUCUGGACCUGCCAACUGUAGAGGCCGAGGUGGAGGAACACAACAUCUUCCACAGCGAGGUGGAGGCUCUGGCUCCUCACAUCUCAACCGGUGGAGACAAGGAUUACGUCAGUGGCCUCCAGAUGAAGUACAACAAACUGCUGGCCAGCUCCAGUGCUCGUCAGCACAACCUGCUGAACCUGCGAGACUACAUGCAGCGCUGCACCAAUGAGCUGUACUGGAUGGACCAGCAGGCCGAUGAGAGGAUCAACUAUGACUGGAGCGACGCCAACCUGGACUACCCCGCCCGCAAGAGGCAGUACGAGAACUUCAUUGCUAAAUGUUUGGAGUCCAAGGAGGCCGUCGUCACCAAGCUGAAUGAUGAUGGAGAGAGGCUGAUUGCCGCUGAACAUCCGGGGAAGAAUGUUAUUGAGGCUCACAUGGAAGCUGUGCACGCUGACUGGAAGGAGUACCUGAACCUGCUCAUCUGUGAGGAAAGCCACCUCAAAAAUAUGGAGGAGUACCACAAGUAUCACAAGGAGGCGAGGGACACUCAGGACUUGCUGAAGCGUCUGGAAACAGAGGUCACCCAAAAGUACAACCCAGAGUUCAAAGAUGUCUAUCAGAUGGAAGGUCAAAUCAGAGAACUGGAUGACCAAGCUAAGGCCAUGGACCACUUUGAUGACCGGGUCAAGGCUCUCCAGAAGCGCAGCCUGCAGGUUUUGCCCCUGAAGUACCGCAGGGAGACACCCCAAAAGCUGCUGCCCAUUGAAGCCCUGUGUGAAUAUGACGCAGAAGAGGGGCAGAUUUUGCGCGGGGAGAGGUACACUCUGCUCCGUAACAACGGCUCCAAAUGGGACGUGAAGGACGCAGCUGGACACAAGCUCACCGCCCCCGCCGUCUGCUUCAUGAUCCCCCCCACCGACCCCGAGGCGGUGGCCAUCUCCGACAACCUGGCCAGCCAGCAGAAAGCCAUCAAACAGAAGAUGUCAAGCAGCAAGGCAACUCUGCUGCAACGCUUUGAUGAGCUGAAGAAGGAGACUGGGACUGGUACAGACAAGCAGGAACAGCAGUGCCGCCAGCUGAUGGCCAGUCUGGAUAAGGUCGUCAGUGACCUGGACAAACAGGAGAAAGCCAUUCAUGCUCGAGUGCGCCCACCGCUGGAGCAGAACCGGCCACUGCAGGACAGCGCCGACCGCCUGCAGGACAUCAAUGACAUUGCUGUAGCUGUCCGUAAGAUUGAACCAGAGAAGACCUCCAAAGUGCAGGAAGCAAAGAACUUCUUGGUCUCAAACCCAAAAUGUGCCAGCUCCCCUCAGCUUAGCUGCAAGGUGGAUGAGACCAACAAGAAGUACACUAAGGUUGAGCAGCUUCUUCAGUGCUCUCAGGAAAAACUGAAGAAUUCCAACAAGCUGGAGACAUCUCUUCAAAAUGGAAAGAAUCUGCUGUCCACCUACGAGAACAAGCUGGCCAGGGAGGAGGUCGCUCCGGCCGACAUCUCUUCUCUGGAGAAAACACAGCGGGAGCUCGCGGAUAUUGGAUCAGAGCUGAGGACCAAAAGAUCAACCAUUGCUGAGACGGAGGAGAACCUGCGCGUGGCCAAAACCAGCUGUGACAAGAUGGCCUCCCAAUUCCAGGAGCACUGCCCCGACAUUGAAAGGCAGGAAGCCGACGUCCAGAAACUCAACAAGCGCUUCAACAACCUCAACAGGCAGAUUGACACCAGAUCUCAGAGCUUGCAGAGAGCCAAGAUGGCGUACAACAACUACCGCAAUGACUAUGACAACCUGAACAGCUGGCUGUCACGCGUCCCAAACUACGAGCCCCGUGAAACUGAUGACAUGAGACAAGUGGAGACCAAGCUGAAGAAUCAGAGGAACCUGCUCUCUGACAUCGCAAGAAAGGAGUCUGACUUGAACAGUGUCUCCAAAAAUGCCCAGCUUUACCAGCAAGCUGUCAAAGACUAUGAGACGGAAACUGAGAAGUUCAGAUCUAUCCUUGACCUUGAGGAUGGACUUGUGCCUCAGACAUACAAGAGGAGCAGACUGGAAUCACCUGCACUGACGGUCAAGGCAGAGGAAGCCGCAAUUGAGACAAAGUUUACUGAGGUGAAUGCAGUGAACAAGCAAAGGCUGCAGAAUCUUGAGUUUGCCCAAAGUCUUCUCAACCAGCAACCUGAGAUCCCUAUGAUCCAGUCUACCAAUGUCAAGUCAGUCCAGUCUUCUGCUCCAGGAGAAGAGCCGUGGAGAAUCAAGAAGCAGCUGGAAGAUGAGAUCCAGAGAAGGGAACAGCUAGAAAGGGAAAUUGAGUCAAUUCAGACCGACAUUUAUGUGCUUGAAGGACAGAAGCCCCAGGACACAAUUGUGAAGAAGGAGCUGAUUAAAAAGGUUCCAGAUCCCCAGUUGGAUGAGGAGGUCCACAAAGUCCAACAGAAACUGUCAGAGGAGCGCCGCACCACCCACGUACUGGAGAACGAUCUCGAGGUAUUGAAGAUGAAGCUGCGUGGUCUCGAGACAGAGAUCAAAGAGGGCGCACAGCAGUACACGGUGAAGGAGGUCUUGCGUAUAGAAAGAGACCGCGGUCAAGAGGAGGAGGUGCGCAAGCUUCGGGAAGAACUGGACGAUAUGAGAAGGCAGAAGUUGAUUAAAGACAACGAGCUGGUUCAGAUACAGAAGCAGGUGACACUCCUGGCUGAGGAGAAGAACAAGGAACAGGAGGUGAUCACUGAGGAAGAAGUGAUCAAAGUUCAGAACGAUCCCCAACUUGAAACAGAGUACCGGGUGCUCCUUGACAGGAAACAGAAGGAAAUGGACAACAGGAAGCAGCUGGAGGAUGAACUGCAAUUUCUUCAGGAAAAGCUCCGAAGACUGGAGAAGGAAAAAUCAAUGGCAGAGGAAAAGAUUUCCAUCAAGGAGGUGCUGAAAGUAGAGAAAGAUGUUGCCUUUGAGAGAGAAGUCGAAAACCUCAGGAGGCAAUAUGAAGACGAGAAGUCCAAACGAAGAUCAUCACAGCGGGAAAAGGCUGACCUCCAGAGGAAAAUUACGAGUCUGGAGGAGGAGAAGUCAAAGGUUGUCGUUCAGGAGAAAAUGCGGGAGAUUGUACGUCCUGACCCCAAAGCUGAGAAUGAGGUGGCCAAUCUCCGUCUUGAACUUGUGGAGCAACAGAGGCGCUGUAAGGAUGCAGAGCUCCAGCUUAGAUGCCUGCAGGAUGAGUUGACCAUGCUAAGGAACAGAGGACCUCAAGUGGAAGUCAAAGAGAUCAUCAAAGAAGUGAUCAAAUACAAAAUAGAUCCACAGACAGAGCAAGACCUGGAGAGACUUCGCAAUGAAAUCGUAGAUAAAACCCAACAGACGGAGAAAUCUGAGAUGGAAAUUCGCCAGCUUCGUGGUGAGAUUGAGAGAUGGAAGGACACAAAACCCCAAGUGCAGACUAAAGAGGUGGUCAAUGAAGUCCUGCAGUACAGAGAAGAUCCUAAGACUAAGGAAGAGAUUGAGUCUCUGAAGAGGAAACUGGCUGACGAACAAAAGAAACGCUUGGACCUUGAAAGAGAGCGGUCCUCCCAAGAAGAGAAGAUCAGACUGAAGAAGAUGGAUCUGUCUCAGGUCCGUGAGAAGAUUGUUCAGCAAGAAGUGGUCAAGAUGGAAGAAGAUCCUUUGCUCAGGUCAGAAUGCGACAGCUUCUCAAAGAACAUCAACAUGGAGCAAAAGCAAAAGGAGAAUCUUAAAACAGAGCUCUACCAGCUACAGAGGCAGAAGGCUGACCUGGAUAUGCAGCUGGAAGAACUGGAACGUGAACGCAGGUCAAGACGUGAUGCAGAGUUGGAGAUCCAAAGACUUCGUGUCCGACUUAAUGAGCUGGAGAUCCGCGACAAGGAGAAUCGUGAAAAGGUGACCGUCAAACAGAAGGUCGUCCUGCAGCAGGAUCCCCAACAGGAGAAGGAACACUCCAUCCUCAGACUACAGCUCGACGAGGAGAAGCACAAGCGCACCCUGCUUGAGAAAGAGCUGAAUGCCCUGAUCCAGCAGCAGCUCACCCUGGAGAAGAUGGAUGUGAAGGAAAGAGUCGUCCGCACCGAGAAAGUCCAAGUCGAGAGGGACCCAGAGGCUGAGAUUGAGAUUGAUAACCUAAGGAGAACUCUGGAAGAAGAGAAGAGAAGAAGACGAGAACUUGACAAGGAGCUGUCCACCCUCACUUCAAGGCUUUCUGACAUGGAGUUCUCAAACACCAAGUCCACUAAAGAACUUGACUACAUCCGCGACGAAAGCAACCGCCUGCAGCAAGAAAACCAGAGGCUACAGAAUGAGAUCCGCAGACUUCGGUCAGAGAUAGAAAUCACCAGCAAAGAGACUCGACUUAUCACGGAGUCUGCACCACCGCUGGACGGGAAGAACUUAGAGUUGAGGCUUGACUCGCUACAGAGGGAACUCGCAGAGCUUAGGGCCAUAACAUGCCAGAAGGAUGAUGAGAUCGAGAAGCUUCAGAAGAACUUGGCGGCGGUGAGAAUAAAGAGGGAACAGAGGGAGAGCCAUCUCCGCAGGUCAAUCGUUGUUAUUGACCCAGAUACGGGCAAAGAAAUGCGACCAGAGGAAGCCUACAAACUCGGGCUGAUCGACUGGAAGAUGUUUGUCAACCUUCAGAGCCAGGAAUGUGAUUGGGAGGAGAUCACGGUGAAGGGUCCCACAGGAGAAUCCUCUGUGCUUCACGACAGAAAAUCGGGGAAGAAGUUCUCCAUUGACGAUGCGUUGCGUCUUGGGCACAUCACAAAUCACCAGCUUAAUCAAUACAUAAAUAAAGAAAUCUCCAUCCAGGAGUUUGGUGUAAUGGUGUCGGGCAAAACCAAAGGGACAUUCUAACUUUUUGGUUUGAUUCCUAAAGAUUUAACCUGUUUGUGUAAAAGUCUCCUUGCUUUUUGUUGUGCUUCUGUUCAGAUUCUAAUACUGCGGUGAUUUGGCGUUGUUUUAUACCUUAUCCUUGAUUUCCAAAUGCACUCUGUAUUUAUUUGCUUCUGCAUUUUCAGUUUUGUGGUACUGUAACGAAGACAUGGUGUCUGAUAUUGUUAAAGUCAACUACACAACGCUUGAUGUCACAGGGCAAGUUUGCUCAGUUGAGCUUUAAUUUCUAAGACUGGGUGCUCGGGUUGAGAACAUAUCUUUGAUGUCAUAUUGUCAUUGCACUACACGCGGGUACUUGAUGUUUCAUUUAUUUAUGGGCUUUUCACAGAUGUGUCCUCUGCAAGCUUCAAUAAAAAUCAAAUCAAACUGA